CAUGCACUUGCUGGGCGGCGGUGUGCCAAGAUGGUGGUUCUCUCAAAGGAAUACGGCUAUGUGAUUCUCACCGGUGCUGCCAGUUUCAUCUUGGUAACACACCUUGCCAUCAAUGUGGGGAAAGCCCGCAAGAAAUACAAUGUUCAGUACCCAAACAUGUACAGCACAGACCCUGAAAAUGGACAUCUCUUCAACUGUAUCCAGAGGGCACACCAGAACACGUUAGAAGUGUAUUCCUCCUUAUUCUUUCUUGGAGUGAGCGGAGUCUACUUCCCGCGGGUCGCUACAGGACUCGGUGCAUCUUGGGUCAUCGGAAGACUGCUUUAUGCUUACGGCUACUACACAGGAGAUCCCAAGAAACGAAACCGAGGAGUCCUCGGCUCUUUGGUGCUUCUCGGAUUGGCAGGGACCACCGUUUACUCUGCUUUGGUGCAUCUUGGCUGGGUGUGCGAUCACUAGAUGACACCUCCUCUAUGGCUUCCUGGGAAGCCUUUAAAUCUUUCAAUAAUGCAAUUAUAUUUUAAUUAUUAAAAAAAUCAAAUAAAAGCCAACACUAACCAUAAAAAAA